AUGAAGAAUCCUGAUGUCAUUGCAGUUAUAAUGCACACUCCUUCUAAAACAGAAGUUCUAGAGCACGAGCCAAAAGCUGCGGGUACAAACGAUGAAGAGGAGGAUGAGGGAGAACAGUUUGACUUUGACAGUGGAGAUGAGAUACCAGAAGCAGACAGGCAAGCUCUUGUGCUCCCUCUUCCCGAUCCUGGAAACAGCAUAGAGCACCAAGAGGCUAAUGCCAUAGGGCCUGAUAAUUUAGAGAACAGUGAGAAGCUGCGAACAUCAGAACCUGCUGCAGAAGGCACUCCAGCCAGAGUAAAUCCCUAUUCAGUCAUAAAUAUUUCACCAAUUGAAGACAAGUAUCCAUCCUCAUCACCAGAACCAAGUCCUCAAGAUGAAUGUGCAAGUUCAAACUUGUCUGGUGGAUAUUCUGUUCCUGUCCCCUGUGGCUAUGCUGUGCCAUCUAAUUUACCAUUGAUACUGCCAGCUUACUCCAGUCCUGUCAUAAUUCGCAGUGUUUCUGUAGAUGAAGAAGGUACACAGUCAGCAACUGAGGAAUGUCAUUGUAAUUCUGUAAACUCAGAGGAGCCUCAAAAUAGUGAGGGUAAUGAGGCCAAGAGAGAGGAUGAUGCUCUGGCCAAGUGGGUUGCAGAUCCUGCAAAUACAGCAUGGAUGGAAAACCCAGAUGAAGUAAUUUAUGAUGAUGUGCCAAGAGAAAAUUCAGACUCUGAAACAGAGGAAAUGAUUUAUGAUGAUGUUGAAAAUGGUGAUGAUGGUGGAAACAGCUCACUGGAAUAUGGGUGGAGUUCAAGUGAGUUUGAAAGCUACGAAGAACAGAGUGAUUCCGAGUGUAAAAAUGGAAUUCCCAGCUCCUUUUUGCGAGGAAACCACAAGAGACAUCUUUCUCAUGACCUAACGCGUUUAAAGGAGCAUUAUGAAAAAAAGAUGAAAGAUUUGAUGGCAAACGCUGUGGGAGCAGUAGAGAUUCAGCAACUAAAGCAAAAACAUGAGCUGAAGAUGCAAAAGCUUAUGAGAGCAGCUAGAGAAGGUACCAAAGAUGGUCUGGAAAAGACAAAAGCAGCUGUGAAAAAGGGUCGUUCUUUCAUUAGAACAAAAUCUUUUAUUUCUCAAGAUAAUAGAUCAUCAUGUCUGGAAGAAGAGCUAAAUUUAUUUAUUGAUGUGGACUGUAUGCAUACAGAAGCAAUUAUGACUCCAAUGCCUGAAGGAUUAUCACAGGAGCAGGUUGUAAGAAGGUAUAUUUUGGGCUCUGUAGUUGACAGUGAGAAGAAUUAUGUGGAUGCUCUCAAAAGAAUCCUGGAGCAAUAUGAGAAGCCUCUUUCAGAUAUGGAACCAAAAUUAUUGAGUGAAAGAAAACUUAAAAUGGUCUUUUAUCGAAUUAAGGAAAUUCUUCAGUGCCAUUCAAUGUUUCAGAUCGCGCUGGCGAGUCGUGUAUCUGAGUGGGACUCUGUUGAAAUGAUUGGUGAUGUCUUUGUUGCUUCAUUUUCAAAAUCUAUGGUGUUGGAUGCCUAUAGUGAAUAUGUAAACAACUUCAGUACAGCAGUAGGGAUUCUCAAGAAGACGUGUGCUGCCAAACCUGCUUUUUUAGACUUCUUAAAGCAGUGCCAGGAGUCAAGCCCUGAUAGAAUUACUCUGUAUGGUUUAAUGAUGAAACCUAUCCAGCGCUUCCCACAGUUCAUUCUACUAUUGCAGGAUAUGUUGAAGAACACUACUAAAGGACAUCCUGACAGGUUACCUCUACAGAUGGCUCUUACAGAACUUGAAACAUUGGCAGAGAAGUUAAAUGAAAGGAAAAGGGAUGCAGAUCAGCGCUGUGAAAUAAAGCAAAUAGCAAAAGCAAUGAACGAACGUUAUCUGAACAAGCUACUCAGCAGUGAAAACAGAUACCUCAUACGGACUGAUGAUAUGGUUGAGACAGUUUACAAUGAUAAAGGAGAAAUUAUAAAAACCAAAGAACGACGAAUUUUCAUGUUAAAUGAUGUGCUGAUGUGUGCAACAGUAAAUGUUCGCUCUUCCUAUGAAAGCAGUGGCACCAUGACAACUUGCCAGAGGUAUUUAUUGAAGUGGAGUGUACCACUGGGACAAGUGGAAGUCAUAGAAUAUGGCAGCGGUGAGGGCCAAGGAGAGAACUGCAGGUUUCCACCCCAGCAGUCUGCUGAAAAUCUCGUCAUUAACUCUAAGCCAAACAGGCUCUAUAUGGGACCAGGGCAACUGUACCAUGAUCUGCAGAACCUUUUACAUGACUUGAAUGUAGUUGGUCAAAUUAGUCAAUUAAUAGGCAACCUUAAAGGAAACUAUCAGAAUUUAAACCAAUCUGUAGCCCAUGACUGGACCUCAGGUUUACAAAAACUGAUUUUGAAAAAAGAAGAUGAAAUCAGAGCGGCAGAUCGCUGUAGAAUUCAGCUGCAACUCCCAGGAAAACAGGACAAGUCUGGGCGGCCCACAUUCUUUACAGCUGUGUUCAAUACAUUUACCCCUGCCAUCAAACAGUCUUGGAUCAACAACUUACAAAUGGCUAAACUGGCUCUUGCGGAGGAUAAUCUGUUAGGUUGGUUCUGUGUAGAAGAUGAUGGGAAUCAAAUAAAAAGGGAGAAACAUCCUCUCCUUGUUAGACACAUGGCAGUGAUGAUGGCCAAGCAACAGGAGUUUAAGAUUGAAUGUGCUGCUUAUAACCCUGAACCAUACCUCUCUGGUGAAACCGAGUCAGAUUCCUGUGCCAUAGAACAUGGUUUUCUUUGGAUUGGCAGUUGCACUAAUCAGAUGGGCCAGAUUGCAAUAGUCUCAUUUCAGAGCUCCAGCCCCAAGGUUAUCGAGUGCUUCAAUGUGGAAUCACGGAUUCUCUGCAUGGUCUACAUACCAGAGGAGGAGAGAUUGAAAGAGCAAAAUAAGGCUCUUGACCCUGAGAAUGUUCCUGCAAAAACCUUUAAUGUGCCUACUAUUUGCCUUGGCAUGGAAGAAGGAAGCAUUUCAGUUUACAAAAGUUGUCAAGGCUCAAAGAAAAUUCGACUUCAACACUUCUUCACUCCUGAAAAAUCAACUGUUAUGAGCUUAACAUAUAUGUCUCGAUACUUGUUUGCUGGCUUAGUAAAUGGAAACAUCUCAAUCUACACAAAAGCAGAAGAUGGGACGUGGAACACGGAACCUCAGAAGAUAGUUAAACUGGGGGUUCUGCCUGUUAGAAGUCUGCUUGUGAUGGAGGAGACCAUUUGGGCUGCAUGUGGUGGACAGAUUUUUAUAAUCAGCACUGUGACACAUUCCAUAGAGAGCCAUUUUGAAGCCCAUCAAGAAGAAGGGAUGGUAAUCUCUCACAUGGCUGUUGCUGGAGUGGGAGUUUGGAUUGCCUUCACAUCUGGAUCUACACUUCGCCUGUUCCACACUGAGACACUGAAACACCUCCAGGACGUUAACAUUGCCACACCUGUCCACAAUAUGUUGCCAGGGCAGCAACGUGUGUCUGUGACCAGCCUCCUGGUGUGUCAUGGUUUGUUGCUGGUUGGAACAAACCUGGGUAUAAUAGUAGCAUUGCCAGUGCCACGCCUCCAGGGGAUUCCCAAAGUAACUGGAAGAGGAAUGGUGUCGUAUCACGCACACAAUGGCCCAGUCAAGUUUCUUGUAACAGCUACAUCUAUAAACAAGAAGAGCAGAAACAAAGUGAGGAACAGCCUGCCUCCUGGCUCAGAUGCUAAAGAUGAUGACCGAAAGAACGUUCUGCAGCAUGAAAGACCAGGCUCCUCCCUUAGUAACACCCAUGACACUGCAAUUUGGCUGGGGGACUCAGUAGGAUCUAUUGCACAAAAAAGCGACUUGUCGUCAUCUUCUGGAUCCCUUACUUUGUCUCAUGGAUCAAGUUCCCUAGAACAUAGGCCGGAGGACAGUAACAUCUGUGAGCUUUUGAAAGAUCAAAAUAUCUCCCUUAAAAGUAAAAGACAGAGACCCAAGAAGAUGAAAGCAAGUUCAGUGUUAGUCAUUUCUGGUGGCCAAGGACACAGAAGAGUGAACAAGAAGAUCAAGCAGCAGCGACAAGAUGAACUAGUGUCUUCGGUGAUGGUCUGGCAAAUCCCACUAUUAAAUAUCUAA